AAUUGGACGAGAUAUAAGUAAAGUUUGGUUUAAAGCAGAGAAAGUGUGCGAAAAAACUCGAAAAUUAACGUAAAAUAUGGCAGGAAAACUUAAAAUUCGCGGGCGAUCGUGCGAGGGUGACUCAUCGAAUUUGUGUCAUCUUGCCUUACGACGUGGCGUCGCGCGACUGAGAGGAGAUGCACGAGUGCAACGCGAAACAAUGAAAUGAUAACGGUUACUAAAAGGCGGCGGUGGCGGCGAUAGGCGAACAUAAUUAAUUCUGCCCCCAAAAACCUAAACAAAACGUAGGCUCUAAUGCCGUUAAAGACGAAUUCCCUUUCAUAUGCCUUUCUGCGUUCAGUUCGUCAACAAGUUAUUGGAAGAGCAAUGUACUAUGGGAAUUAUUGAGGUAAAGGGCAUGCGCUCUUCAGUAUACGGUUGGGUCUCGGCUGAAAAUGGCGUCUGCAAAGUUUCUCGAGGAAGCUCUGAGUACAGAUGUCGACGAAUCGGCCGUGAGUGCGCUCGUAGGUUCUUUGGAAAAUCAGCUCGUCACGACAACAUCUCCGCAAUCUGGUCAGACAAAUUUAGGAGCGGGGAUUAAUCAGAACCACAUAAACAGUGCAAUAUCAAAUGGCGGGACCGUUCCUUCACAGAAACACGGGACUAUCGCCAAUGGUGACUCUGUGAACGUCGCUACCACCGCGGAGACUACUAAAAUCCUAACAAAUAACGCGCUUCCUGGGACUAUUAUAACCGGCGCCGCUGCGCAAGCGGCCACAGGUGCAGUACAAAAUCAGGCAUCAGUGGGAAACUACAUAAAUCAAACAGUGAACAGUUUAGCUCAGGCCUCAAAGGCAAAUGACGGUGUUAAAAUUGUGCACUCGCAAACGGGACAAGCGAUGACUAAUACCGGGCCAGUUUUAACGAACCGAGUGACUUUUCCCUCACAAUCGGUACCGAACGGAACGAUCAACCUUUCGUCCUUAACGCCCGCACAAACUGUCCUACAGACAUCGACGACCAACGUACAAAACAUACAGGCUAAGCAGCCGACGUUUGUGAUAAAAACCAGUGCGGCGCCGACGGGUACGCCAGGCCUAGUGACCGUACCGAUGACGGCGACAGUGCCACAAGUCAAUAAUGUAGGUAGCCCCCCGACCCAACCUCCUACCACUGUCCUCUCUAAUCUUCAGGUAGUUAACGUAAGAGCGGGCGUCCCCAAUCAACCGCAGAAGGGACAGGCGGCACGCGUAGUGCUGAGCGCACCGCAGAUGGUCGGAGCCCGUCCCGGAGCUCCACAAUUAACGUUACAAUCGUUACACGGACUGCAGCCCGGUCAACAGGGUCAUCUACUUCUCAAAACCGAAAAUGGACAGUACCAGCUGUUGCGAGUCGGACCGGCGCCGGGCGUUACGACCGGACUAACACCCAGCACGGCGGCCGGCGUGACCGCACCGCUCACGUUUCGAAUGCAAACCGUUCCUGCAGGUGCUACGCCUGCGCCGACAACGACACCGGGAGCCGCCGUCACCGGACCGGCGACAACAUCGACGACGACGCCGACGGUCCAAGUGUCCACACCAGUUCAGAGACCGGCGAACGACAAUACCAAAGAAAAGUGCCGCAAGUUCCUAGCCAAUCUGCUCGAGCUGUCGAGUAGAGAGCCGCGAUCGGUUGAGAGAAGUGUACGGACGUUAAUACAGGAGCUGAUCGACAUGCGCGUCGAGCCGGAAGAUUUCUGUGAUCGCCUCGAGAGGCUCCUCAACGCGUCUCCACAACCGUGCCUCAUCGGGUUUCUUAAGAAGAGCUUACCUUUACUGCGACACUCGCUAGCUACUAAAGAACUAUCAAUAGAUGGCAUCCGUCCACCACCGCCGAACGUUGUAUUUUCAAUAGUUAGCGGAACGCCGACCGUGCAGACGCAAAUUAGACCGAUAGUGGCGACGUCGCAGGUACGACUCGUGGCGCCCGGCACGACCGUCGUCCGACCCGGACAAGUCGUACAGCAGCGGCUAGUGACGCCCGUCAGAGGAACCGUUCAGCAAACGACGAGAAUGGUGACGACAAUAAGACAGCCCAACUCGACGACGCCCGUUAUUGUUUCGAGCUCACAGCCUCCCGCUUUGCACCCGGUUUUUCCGAACAAUCAAGUGCGACCGGGCGUGAACGUAGUUAGGCAACCGAUUCCCGUACGAACGGUUGUGCCCGGUCAAAUACGGCCGCCGGCAACCGUACGGACGGCGACGCCCUCGCCCCUACGAACGCCGAUGGCGAAUUUUAAAACGCAAGGAUCUAAACCCAUUGUGCCUUCAUCUAUAUUUUCUAAACCACUUACCAAAGAUAAAGAUAAGAAGUCAUUUUCGUCCGCGUAUACGGGUGACGACGAUAUCAAUGAUGUCGCAGCUAUGGGCGGUGUUAAUUUGGCCGAGGAAACUCAGAGAAUCUUAGGAUCUACUGAAUUCGUAGGUACACAGAUCAGAUCGUGCAAGGAGGAGUUUUUAUUAAACAUGUCCGCGUUGCAACAAAGGAUCAGGACGACGUUAGCGAAGAGGGGUCUCGACGAACCCAGCAACGAGGUCGCCGCCAUUAUAUCGCACUCGGUUCAGGAACGACUAAGAAACCUCAUAGAAAAAUUAGCGAUUAUUACAGGGCACCGUUUAGAGCUGGUCAAGAGCGAUCAACGGUACGAGGUCACGAACGACAUCAAAGGUCAGUUAAAGUUUCUCGAGGACAUCGACAGGGCUGAGAAGAAGAGGCACGAGGAGCUUGAGAGGGAGAUGCUCCUGAGGGCGGCGAAGAGUCGUUCGAAAACUGAAGAUCCGGAGCAGGCCAAACUCAAGGCGAAGGCGAAAGAGAUGCAACGGGUCGAGAUGGAGGAGUUGCGGCAGAGGGAGGCGAACGCGACGGCCCUUCAAGCUAUCGGUCCAAGAAAAAAACCUCGGUUAGAUAAUGACAGUGGUGCUGGCUCAUCGCAGGCGAGUGCUGGUGGUUAUAGUAAUGCGACAAGAGGUCAACUGCCAUUAAGAGCGCGCAUAAAAAAGGCGACAUUAAGGGACUUACAAUUUUUAUUCGAAACAGAAAAAGACUUAUGUAAAAGUAGUAUUUUAUAUAAGUCAUAUCUCAAGUGAUGCACGCUUCUCGUCAGUGUUGUGAUAUUUAGAAACCUUCACAUAAAUAUUUUACGAAUAAGUUCUAAAAUGUACACACCACCGUAUUUUCAGUAUUGUUCUUAAUUAAAACAACAAAAAACGGACAUUAUUCAGGCUCUAUCUGCGUCAUUUACCGCACGAAUGUGAUUUGGGACUUUAAUUUGUUGUCAAUUUUUAAACAAAACGUUUUCAUUUGGUAUGUGCUAGUGACGACUCUCUUAAGUGGCUGAGAAAGUGACAUUUCAAAAAAAAAAUUUAUUAUUUCAGGGUUUGUGGUGCUAUGUUUCCAUUAAAGUUGACGCAGUAGAAGUUCACGGGAUUCAUAUUUUUAGAACUUAUUAGGCUAUCAAAUUUUUUAUUGUAAUAUUGUAGGAAUAUAAAGGUAUAAUGAAGAGAAUUGAGAUCAAAUUAUAAAUAUAAAGUAAAAAAACCGUCGUAAUUUACAAGCGAUUUAGGUUUUUUAAGAGAAACGUUUCAGAUGUAAUUAAUUGUAGAUUUUCUAUGAUAAUGUAUUUUUCUUUAUAAGAAAAUGUUUUAAUGAAAAAUGUUAAUAAUUUGUAAUUAUUUGUAAUAAUUGUUUUUUAACCUAAAAAUAGAUAUAUCAUUUUUGUUAUAAAAUAUUUAAUGUAAUAAAGUAGUAAAUAAUCAUCUUAUUUUUGUUUGUUGUAAUUGAACAUUUUCUUACGUACACCGAAGUUUGAUUUUUUAAGCUAUCUCUUACGUAACACGAUUUUCAGUGUUUAAAAAAUCUCCUUUGGUGAAAUUCUCUGCAAUUAGUCAAGUGAUUAGAUGACGUAAACGUUAGUUCUAGAUUGGUUAUUUCUACUACUUGAAAUUAUUUUUUUUUGUACAUGUUAUUGGCCUUAACCUGUCCGGACAAAAGUACAAAGGGUUUGUUAACUUAGCGAAUUGUUGUUUUUCUAUUAGAAUUAUUUUUGUAUGUUUAUUGGUAAAAUGGCAAAAUUGGUAAAAUUGAUCUCGCAAGGUUGCAAGAAAAAAAAUAAAUGGGCGCCACGAAAGACAUUAAUUUUUAAAAAAACUACCCGAACAAUUUAUUUAGUAACGAACAAUUUUCAAUAACGAUUGUAAAUAUUAGUACCUACAGCUUAUAUGCAAUAAACAUUUGACCAGUUUUA